AUGGGUAUCCUGGAGUUGGUGGCCUCAAAUAUUGUUUCGCGAAUCGUUCGACUGACCAGUGACUUCGUGCUAUUGUGGAUCUUCAAGUUUUUUAAAGGAAAACUCCAACAAAUGGCAUUCCUGAGGAUCCUGGUGUUGCUGGUCGUCGGUGCUGUGGCUGCUGGAGCGGACUGUGGUCCAGAAGACGGGGCGUUCGUGUGCCGAGACGUGUGCGGCGAGGAGGUGAGGGGCGCCGGCGGCUACGGGCGCCGCGUGACGUUUGUUGGAGCGACGCUGUUCCUGGACUGCGUCAGGCAGGCGGACUUGAAGGAAGUGAAGCUGUUGUCGCCGACGGUCUGCGUUGGACGUCGGUCCGAGAUGGAUCGAGUGGUGACGCCGUGGAGGUGGUGCGAGGAGGUUGUGCCACCCGAGCCGGAGAUCUCGACGGCGGCGGUUCCGCCGGUGGUUGAUGAGCCUCGCCCGGUGGCGCCGACGGCCAACCUGGCGGUCGUCCACGUGCCGGCGGACAAAACGCCGUUUGUGGUCCGGGCGCCGCCCUCGACACAACAAAGCGUCGUGGUGGCCCAAGAGGUGCCGCACGUCAUCAAAGCGCCAUCGUCUACGCCAGAAGUGACUGUCAACAUCAAACAUGGUGUUGCGCACGUCGAGGCGGAUGUGGACCCAUGGACGGCGAUGGUCUUGGUUUUCAUGGGCCUUGGGGGGGCUGGAGCCACAUCCUUGGCUGUCUUUUUGGUUUGGCUCGUCAAGUUCAUCAGGAACAAGUCAUCGUACAUGAGGGAGUUGGUGCGGAUGCUGACGCCGGAGGAUCAGCCAGAUCCGGAAGCCCAACCAGUGGUGGAUCUGCUGGGGCUGGAAGAGGCGGAUAAACCC